AUGAAUUAGCAAAAGUUCAAUGGACAAAGCCUUAUCAAUCAAAAAUUUCAAUGGGCAAACCUCAAAACGAAAUGGGCAAUUGCCCAUUUGCCCCCCCCCCCCCUUGGCUGCGCCACUGUACUUUGGGGUCAGAAAGAUGCUGUCUAUUACUCUGCCAGUAUCGAUGGUAAAAUCUUAAGUACAGAAUUUCGUCUUUUAUCAGCAUUAUGUUCUCUUGCAAAAUAUAUAACAGAACAAAAAAUACAUCUAUUGUCUUCUCAAGAAUUAAUCACUGUGCAAACAUUGUCACAAGAAUCAUUUCAAAAUCAAGUUGAUUCGAUUAUCAAUACUUUCAUUAUUGAAUCACCAUCAAGCUUUCGACGAACCUAUCAAUACAUUAAUGAUAUACUUUAUGGAAAUCAAUUGCAAAAUGUAUUUCUGACAAAUUGGAAUUUAGGAACACCGACUCAACAGAAUCAAUAUCGGGUAGGAGGAAACCCAGUAAUAGGAUACGAUGAGAAUGGGAAAUUAUGUUCAUGUGAUACUCAACCAGCAUGUACACAAUAUGUUCUAAUCAAUGUAUUCAAACAAGGAACAUUUGCUGGUCUUGUUCGAGGCUGUUUACCUGUUUAUGGUCUUCGUUUAUCAACCCUGGAAUGUUUUUAUCAACAAACAUGUUUAUCAAAGUUGGCUGUUUUCGUCAAUAGUUCAUAUAUUCCAUCACCUUUGAACAGAUCGAUCCCAACUCGUUUUACGCCCAUUUCAUCAACAAAAAUAGGUACAAUCAUCGAUGAAUUAUUCAUUGAAUCCUGGCACAACACAACUAAUUAUACAAAUUAUUAUUCGACGUGUGCACCAUCAACAUGUCGAUAUUCUUAUAUGGAAAAGAACAGUGCUCUUUAUAUGUUAACUACUUUUCUUGGUUUAUACGGUGGAUUAACUGAAGGAUUAAAGUUUCUUGUGUGGUAUGGUUUAUGUUUAUAUUGGAAAAUUCGUCAAUGGCUAUUUCAACGGCGAAACAUAGUAGUACCUGUCAAUGACAAUGCACAAAUGUAA